UUUGUUACUAGACGAAGCAAAAUCAUUACUGUAUACUAACUGCAACCCUCGGUGUAGCCGCGACCAAUCGGUAAGCAGUAUUUAUUAUCCCCAGUUACCGGUGAAGUGGCAAAUCUUCGUGCUCGCAAACAGAGAGUCAUGAGCUUAAAAGUUAGCAUCUAAUAAAAUCCUUAAGCAUGCUGUAUUCCUCUUCGGGAAUUCGGUUUAGUCCCAAAAAGACUUUGUAACGUGACGGUUGAAGUAAAUUCAAAAUAAUACAUUUUUUAAAGGGACCCGUAAACUACUUGUAAAUAUAUCGGGACCUUACCGCCGCUCGACCACAUAAAUAUGCCGGAUAAUGAUAUGUUUUUUUACUCUCAAUUUUUAAAAGUGGAAUUUUUUGAAUAAAAUAAAAAAUAGUCAAUUUCCGGGCAAAAAAGUACAAUAUCGUCUUCCUGCUAAAUGUCAAUUACUAUUAAUUAUUAAAAAAAUUACUUAAUAAAAUAAUUAUAACGAAAAUAGCGAAUUAUUUAUGACAAUAAUUAUAUAAGCCAAUUUACAUAAUGUACACAAAAAUUGAACAAAUAUGACAAUAUGAGCGAGGGUAAAAUCUGGAUGAAAAAAAUCAAGGGAUCACCUCGUAAAUCGAGAACAUUGUAUAUAUAAAUAAAAAGAGGAAUGUGUACCUGAAGAUCCAUCGAUCUAAUAAUAAAAAAAAAGACUGGCACGAUGAUUUUAAUAAAAUUGGGCCUUAAAGCAAUAGCUUGUGGCAUUGUUUUAAUACUUGAUAAUAUGUUAAACGCCUACGGAAGUCAUAUCAUUCCCCACACGCAUGGACAAAGCGAACCAAAUGACGUAGGUCCCGAGUUUUUGGCUCAAUUAACUAAUUUUACUGUACCCCAAGGACGUGACGUAUCAUUUACUUGCGUUGUUGAUAACUUGGGACCAUAUAGGGUGGCCUGGAUUAAAUCUGAUUCUAAAGCAAUACUUGGAAUACACACACAUAUGGUAUCUCUAAAUCCUAUAGCAGUAACUCACAACGGCCAUAACACUUGGAAGCUUCACAUUUCCCGCGUGCAAAUAAAUGAUUCUGGAAGCUACAUGUGUCAAGUUAAUACAGACCCAAUGAAAAGUCAGUCAGGGUAUUUGGAUGUGGUUGUUCCACCAGAUAUUCUUAACCACCCGACGCAUAAUCUUGAGGAAGGUGUUAGCACAGAAGGUGGCAGCAUUGCGCUGGAGUGCAGUGCAAUUGGCGUUCCAGAGCCAAAAGUGCAAUGGCGGCGUGAAGCAGGAAAGGAAAUUAUUCUUCGAGCUGAUAGUAGAGAAAAACAAGCUCUUAAAAUAGUGGAAGGAGAAAAACUAAUUUUGACAAAUGUUCAUCGAACUGAUAUGGGUGCCUAUAAUUGUAUAGCAUCUAAUGGUGUACCACCGUCAGUCAGUAAACGCUUCGACGUCCAAAUAAAUUUUCCUCCAACAAUAAAGGCCGUCAACCAAUUAGUAGGAGCACCUAUAGAAAGGGAGGUAACUUUAGAGUGCUUUGUCGAGGUUAAUCCAAAGCCCCUUAAUGGAUGGUAUCGCAAUGAAGGCAAUAUUAAGCUUCACAAUAGCAAUAAAUAUAAUAUUUCCGAAGAAAUGAUCAACUUGUAUACUUGGCAUCUUAAUCUUACCAUAAAGUAUCUUACAAAAUCCGACUUUGGAAGUUACAGCUGUUCAAGUGUCAAUGCCUUAGGGAAAAGUGAAACACGCAUUAGAUUACAAGAAUUACGAUUACAGCCAAAGACGACCACUAUAGAUCCUCAUGUGUACACAACGGCAAAGCCACGUCGUAAACAGCAACCCAGUUACAACAAGGGAUUGAACGAAGUGGUACGUGCUAAAGAAACUCAUUUCAAUCAAAUGCACCAAGAGAAUGCCCUGUUCGUCGGUGGAAUUGGUGUGUCUCAGCGUGCCAAAAGUGGAAUUUCUGAUGGUACUGUGGAAAGUGGAAAUGUCAUGAUAAAAGAAGCAGAAGUGCACACGCAACGACCUAUACAUCCAGGAUCGGAAAACGUAUACAGGACCUCUACCUCGGACCCCAAUCACCGCAUUCACCCUGGUUGCCUUCAAAAAGCGGCUCCCCCUUGGCACGAUUUAGAUAUCAUGUUCUAA